CUGCAAACUCCAGUCUCGGACUGAAAACGGGCAUCGCAGCCCACACCGGAGCGGUGCCCAAAAACAAGAAAGGUGGUCGCUGUGCUCGGGCAGCCAUCAAGAGUCGACACACAGGACCCCGUCAGGUGUCAGGGAGACACAGGCCGGCCAGCGACACUUCGGUCUGCGGUCGCGACAAACGAUGCGUUUCCUCGGGGGCGUCAGGGGGCUCUCCAAGCUCCGCCCUCCCGGUAUAAAGAGGCGAAGCGCGCACCCGAACGGCAGAGCGGAUACCGAGGCGCAAGUCAACCGUACGGAGCGAGCACUGCAGUCCGCAUGAAGACCCCCAGCCCCGAGGACCCCGAAGCCUACGCGUACUAUGACUACAACAGCACCUAUGAGUUCUACGACUCGACUGACGAGAGCCCAGACCCCCACCAGAGGGAGGCGCUGCACGUGGUCUCCAUUGUCAUCUACAGCAUCGCCUUUGUGCUGGGCACCGUGGGCAAUGGCAUCGCCAUCUGGGUGAUCGUGAGGAGGCUGCGGCGGUCCCUGAAGCCCUUUUGGCUCCUGAACCUGGCCCUGUCCGACCUGCUCUUCGUGCUGACGCUGCCCCUGUCCAUCGACUACAUCUACAGAGGCUUCGACUGGCGCUACGGCAAGGCCCUGUGCAAAACCACCAGCUUCGUGUGCCUUCUCAACAUGUUUGCCAGCGUGUUCUUCCUCACCCUCGUCACCGUGGACCGCUGCCGCACCGUAAAGCCGGGCUGCAGGGCGGGCCUCCUGGUGGGCGUCUGGCUGCUCGCCGCGGGCCUCAGCACCCCCAGCCUUUACUACCGGGACACGGUGAGGGUGCGGGGCAAGGAGGUGUGCUACACGAACUACCACGCCAGCGAUGGCACCAGCGCCAUGCGCAGACACGCCACCCAGGUGUACAUGCGCCUCUGCUUCGGCUUCCUGCUGCCCCUCUGCACCAUGGUGGUCUGCUACAGUAUCAUGGGGGCGAAGGUGUGCCACAGGGCUGUGGUGCGCCCAUCUAGCUUUGGCCGAAUCGUGGUCACCCUCGUGGUGGCCUUCUUUGUGUGCUGGGCUCCCUUUCACGUCUUCAGCGUGCUGGAACUGCAGGUGCACACGAGCGCUGCCAUCCACGCUGCCCUGCGGGUCGGUGUACCCCUCUCCACCAGCCUGGCCUUCUUCAACAGCUGCCUGAACCCCCUCUUCUACGUGCUCAUGUCCAGAGAGGCGUGGACCCCCCUGUGCAGGGGUCUGGGGGACCGGGUGAAGCGCAGCCUGCAGGGGGUCGAGUUGCUCUCGCUGACCACCAGCCAGGCCGCAGUUGAUACGCAGACCGCCGUGUCCCCCGCGUAGGGGGUCCUGUGAGCAGACGCCAGUGAAAUCCCUCAUCACCACAUGGGGUGCCCACUAGCAUCUCAAGACUGUUACAGGUUUAUAGGAAAGGUGGGCAUACAAUGGGCUGCCCACAGGAAAGUUAAAUCUGCCAGCCUUCCCAUUCUGUGCCAUCCAAUGACAAAAAACAAAAAAUGAAACUCUGGCUUCAAGGACAGUGUGCGGUGCCACCAUAUUGACCAGCAUGGCAUCCAUCUCUUGCCUGCCCCCCUCAUUCAGCAGCCCUGAAGGUGGCACACUGGGUAUAUGUAAGCUGGAUAGAGUGCUAUUAAUGUAAAAUAGUAUUAGGUGGCACAGUGGCAGCCUGGGGUUGGGAUCCUGGGUUGUCCCCGUGUCUGCGACAGUUCAAAGCAGGUGUCGGGUGGUGUUUGCCCAGACACAGAAUGGCACCCUGUUCAGGGUUUGUUCCUGCCUUGCUCAAUAUGCCCACCGACCUGAAACAAGCUGUGAGAAGAGACCCCCUUUAGGGUGUAUGGGUGGACCCUCAAGUGGCCACGAGACGUACGCAAGUCAGGGAGACUCCUGAGCUUCAAGGUCUGCGAGGGGAGCUGCCAGUUAGACAGUGGCAUGUAUAU